CGUCAAGCACACCAUGGCACCUAUUCUCGCCAGAUCACUCAAUCGACUAUCAAAGGAAACUAUUCUAGAGCUUGCUCUGACAUGGCUGGAGGAGAACCGCACUUCAACUCCUUAUCUGCAGAGCAAUCGGACCGGCUUCGAAGCGGAUGAAGAGGAUUACCUCCAUACUCCGGCCGAGAGUAUUCAUGAACUGCGAAAACUGUACGACGGUCUCAGAAAAGAUGUAGCGAAAGCUGCCAAGCGCGACAUUAUUGACCGCAUUGUCGACGGCGACUGGCGAAGGGGAUUAUCGCUGCAUCAACAUGCCAUGAUCGACUUUGCGGCGCUGGAGCAGAACGACACCGCAUUGAGAUGGAGUGCGCUCAGACUAGUACCGCUGGAAGUGGAGGGACAGAAGGGUGUGGAUGACGGUGAUUCUCAUCACCCUAAGAAAAGGCGAAAAUUAAACCAUCGCGAGCCGGAAGCGCCCUAUCCUCAGGUUGCUCCUGAAGCAUUUCUCUCUGCCUUGAAAGCAGAGGUCUCGCCCUUGGUCAAAGCGCACUAUCACCUUCAUCGCAUGCCGCCGCCUUACCAACUCACGAUUCUGCGACUUUACAUUACUCCAAACUCGGCAUUUGCACCCAAGCGAUCCAAAAUCCCUGCCCGGGCCAAGCAUGCCACUGAUGCCGGCCGAAUCAUGUACAUUGCUCUUCCCGACAGCUGCCCUUACAUCUACAUCUCGAUAUCCGGGUCCUCGUCGAGUUCCAGCGGCCGGUUAAACGGCCAAAAGGGCACGAAGGAGGGGACGGUGGCGAAAGUGGACAUGGCAGCCAUGAAAAGAAUCGUUCUCGAAGCUAUUCCGAAGGCAGUCUCUCGCCCACAGCGCCGAUGGGCGCUGGAUACGACGAAGCUCGUGGCCAGGUCCCUCAGGACUAUGUGCGAACUGAGAGGAAAUCAGAAGCCAGGAACGGGCGGGGGGGCGUACAGCGUCUUUGCGGAUGGGGCCAAGACGUCUGAAAAGAGUCCGGUCGAUGUUCUCCCGAACGAGGUGGACAAGGAAAACGACGAGAGACUCCGUCUCAUUGAGAAGAGAUUCGGAAAUAUGUCUGGAGAACACUAUGCGCCACUUGAUCGUGUCCACGUUAAGCUCUGCAACGCCAUACCAACGGAGGAGGAUGGAAGUGAGUCGGCAGACGCAGCAGACGAACGCAGAGGAGACGGCGAUAUCACUUUGACAUUUUCCGGGAGCGAUGUGUUCCUGGGACUGAAGAACCUUGCGGCGUUGGGACCGGACUAUAUGGAUCUGGACAAACUGCCUUCGUGGAUGACCGGCGAACUGGGUGUUAGCAGUCUGAUCGUGUAGGACGUGGUGGGAGGUGAAUUCUGGAUCUUGUUCCUAGGGUAUCUGGAUGACAUUGGGCUUACGACGUUGACGAUCCUGGCUGUACAUGAUAUUCUGGCGCGGAGGUGGUGACCAGGGUCCAGCAUCCGCGAUGGGAGUGAUGUGGUCAAACAUGUUGGAUCUCGCGGGUCUUUUCCAGUCCGUGAACACGGGGUGACGGUAUAGAUCCAACCCAGGAGGCCGAG